CCCCUCCUGGGGAACUCGUCAAGGAAAAAUGGCGGAUUCGUGUGUUGUCCAAUAGUUGAUGAACGUUGGAUGGAUUUAAAGAUUACAUGUUUAACAUCACAUGUCAGGUGUGGACGGACUGUGUUUAGAUACGUCACUCAUCUCCAUUGAAGCGGGAGUUCUCCUCGCGCCGCAGGUGUACAGUCACUGGGAAGCUUAAGGACAGCUCCGGCAUUUUCUGAAAAGGACAUCUGCCAGCCAUAUUCAAAGAUGUCGGACUAUCUGAUGAAAGAAUUCAGGGCCCUUCUCAGUACAACCAUGGAGUCGGUCCUGAGAAGGGCUAUGUUUGAAAUAAUGAAGGUCUUUGAGAACAGCAUCCACGACCAUCAGCUGGAGCUGGCACAGAAAGGAGAAGAGAUUGUUCAACUUAAAGUGAAGUUGCAGAGAGCGGAGAUCAAACUGAGAGAUAAUGGGUGUGCGGGCGAUGAAAGAGCUGAGAUGAAUAAUACUACAAGUGAAGUACGAAUUAAGCCUGAGGAUCCUCUGAAUGCCUCUGCACAAACCUCUGUUGUUUCUGAGAUUGAUUUUGAAGUACCUGAUGACUGGUGUGCUCCUUUGGGCUGCGAGACCGUGACAAAGCAAGAAGAGGGGGGUUGUCCCAGUGUGAGACUGCGCCAGCUGUCUAUUCCUCUUUGGCACGUUCCAAUUAAGCAGGAGAUGGCUAGCCAUGACAUUGACUCCCACCCACAAACAAAAGGUCUCAGAAGAUCAAAGAGAGAUUCCUCAUUAAACGACAAGAACAAUCAAACCUUGGGCAAUAAUUUGCUAAGGCGUGACCAAGGAGUUCGGCGUACUAGAGUAAGCGAAGACGUCAACGUACCGCUGCAAGAAAAUACUCGAGCGGUUGUUAAAGUUACCAAAAAAAGAGGAAGAAAACCAAAGCCGCAAGAAACUACAUCAAAGAGGAAAAGCGAGGAUAAGGAAAUUGCGGUAAUUAAGUCUAAGCCUGCAGGAAAAGAGACUGUAGUAGAGGAAGGUAAAGCAAUGUACAGCUGCAAGUAUUGUAAGAAGGCAUUUGAUUCACCCUUUGGCCGAAAUGUGCAUGCACGGUUUCACAAGUGGUGCAAGGGUUGCAAAACAGUGUUUGCCUCUCCGAGUGCACUCAAGUAUCACAAACCAAAUUGUGCUAAAUUCCAGAAAAUGAUGGCAAAAAAAGCACAGUCUUCUGUCGCUCAAGACCCUGAGUUGAGCAAUAAAGAAUCCCCACCAAUCAAGAAAACGGUGAUAACUAAGAAAGAGGGCGCAGCCUCCACUUCAAACCACAGUGAUUCCUCUGGGGAGAAAGAUCAAGCCAUCAAACAGUACUCCUGUUUACAUUGUAAUGCAAAGUUCAAAUGGCAUUUCAAGCUCCAGGAGCACAUGCGUAUUCAUACUGGUGAAAAGCCAUUCACUUGCAGCAUUUGCUCAAGGAAAUUCCGAGUAAACCAGUUCCUUAAACUCCACAUGGCGAGACUCCACAAAAUGGAAGUGAAUUCUGAGGACUUAAACGUGGACCUUUCAUGGACUAAGCCUGUCGAGGCCACUGAGGAAUCGAUUUCUCCAAGAAAAGAAUCAAGUGUACCAACCAACCACGUUACUGUCGAGAGAAAACCCAAGGUUAAAGGGACGGGUGCUUACGGGAGUCGUGGCUGGGAAGCAUGUGGCACGCACAACCCCAACGGUUACACCUGCAACGUGUGUCUGCAGGUGAAAAAAAACAAAUAUCUGUUGAUAGAACACUACCGCAUCCACACAGGAGAGAAGCCCUUCAAGUGUGUCAAGUGUCACAAAAGGUUUCGUUUUCGGGGACAGCUCUCCACGCACCAAAAAUCGUGUACUCAGUCAAGUAACCAGUGUAACAAGUGUGGGGAGAAAUUCUCAGGAAAAGAAAUGUACGAUAAGCAUAUGUUGAAAGUUCACAAGUAUCGAUCUCACUGCUGUAAGAGUUGUGGGAAAAAGUACACAACUGCAAAACGCCUCAAGAGCCAUGUAAAGCGUUUACAUUAGUAAAGGACUUCCACAGUUAAUCUACUUUGUCAAGACACUUCACCACAAUAUCGAGGAAAUCAUGUAAGACCACUACGACAACAAAUUUGACUGCACUUAUGUCUUUCUCUUUUUUUUAAGGACAGCUAACAUGAUAUAGACAAAAUUACAAAAUCUCUACUUGUUAAAAUCUGUAAAAGGUAAACUUUCAAAUUCUUCAUCGUGGUUUUUGUAUUGAGUUCAAGUUAAUGUCAAAUUGUCCCCAAGAUUUUGUCUACUUUUUUUUGAUUUGUAUACAGUUUGAGCCACUUGGAAAGAGUUUACCAUUUUGUUUUCCUUCAGCCAAGUUAGGUGUACAGGUUUUUAGCAGAAUUUGAGGUGCUGUGCCUGGUUGUGGAGUCAGAUUUGUGGUACCAGCUUUGUAGUGUUGACUUUUUGCUACACAAUUUGUAAAUAGCUGCCAAGUAAAAUCUCUAUUGUAACAUCAUGAUAACUGAAAACAUCCAAAGUUUUUUUGCUUUUUUUUUUAUCUAAUGCUUUGAGUUUUUUUUUAUAUUUAUUAGUUUUAACUGCUCAAAACCGAUCUGAAAUAGAUCUGCCUGACCAAAAUAGAAGAGAUUUUACUAACGAGUUUACUUUUUUCUGUUACAGUUAUGUUGCUAGAUUAACAUUUUUACCAUUACAAUAAAACCUGCAAU